AUGCGCCGCAAAAGCCCCUUCAUCGCUAAUGUCCGCGCCAGGCGGCCGCCCAAGCAGACAAAUACUGUGUACAAAGGUGGGCCUAUCGAGAAUCGGAAGGCACGUCCAACUUUUGUGAACUUUUUACAACAAGCGUUGCGGUGGGGAGGGCCUCGACAAUGGAUGCUCGAGCGACUUGGCGGGCUUGAAAAUCCUGUAGCCUCUGAAUAUGUGUUCUAA